AUGUCAGUUUCCAGUGAUCCCCGUAACUUCUUCCAAUCAGACCAAUCUCUCGAGAAAGCCGAGCGUCGAGCGCGUAAGAAGAAGGAACUCAAAGAUAAAGGACAGCCCAUAACCGUGCCUACCAAGAUUCUGGCCUUGCAGCCUGAUACCUCGUCGCCGGCACAUGUUUAUAUUGCAGAAGCAGGGAAUGUGGCGAGAAGACUGAAUAUUCAAGUCUCGCCGGUUACAUCAUUGGCUCUAAGCCGUGAUGGGUCGGUUUUGUAUACCGGUUCAUGGGAUAAGAACAUCCACGCCUUUUCCACGCAGGACAAGACGAUUUUGAAAACCUUUAAGGGCCAUAAUGAUUUCGUCAAAGCACUUGUUUUUACGGAUAUAUUACCUUCGAAACCUAUGUUAAUAUCCGCCAGUUCCGAUGCAUCAAUAAUCAUCUGGAACCCGGAAACGGCAGAAAGGCUGCACGUUCUAAAGUCACAUUCUAGGGGUGUCCAAGCCCUCACCAUAGAUCCUGUAGAAUCUACGCCAGAGAGAGUUGUACUCUACAGCGCUGGUUCUAAACGGGAGAUCAAGAAGUGGAGUAUAACUACGACGAAGGUAACCGAGGAAUGCGAGAUUAUUCAACACGAAACCGGUGUAAACAGUCUUCGAUUCUUGGGUGAAGAAGGAGAAGAGGAUUUGUGGACUGCGAGUUCAGAUAUGACUGUUAAGCGGUUUGAAAGGAGUGCCUUGGAAGGAUUGAAGAAGGGCGAGGGUAGUGCUGGUGGAGUUGAUCCAGAUACAGAACUUUGGCAUAAGGACUUUGUGAAUGAUGUAGCGAUGGAUGUUGGGGGCAGGUGGGUCAUUACGGCUUGCAGUGAUGAGGAAAUCAGGGUUUGGGAUGCUGGGACUAGUAAGCUGUAUCACAAGUUUUCAGGACAUUAUGAUGUGGUUACCGCGAUCUCAGUGGUCGGGAAUGACUUGAUUAGCGUAUCAUUGGAUGCAACGGUCAGGAAGUGGUCCCUAGAACCUGCAGAUGUCAAGGCUGCUGUGGAAGAGGCCCACAGGAAUGAAGAAGGUGCGAUUGAUGACGAGGAGAUCGAGGGCGGGGCAAUUGGGAGAAGUCGGUCGAAUAGCAUGUUGACCGCGGAAGAGGAAGCAGAACUUGCAGAGCUCAUGGCUGAAGAAGAUGAUUGA